CCAGUGCAAUUCAUUGUUUAUAAUGUCGACAAAACAAUUUAUUUUUCUGUAGGAUUUAUAAAGUCUUUUUUUAUGAAUUCAAAGCUAAUAAAAAUGCUAAACUUUGCAAUCUACAAAACUAUGAAGAGAGUGCUUUGCCAUCUUCAAUGUGAUGUAAUAAAGAAAAAUGUAUUGAGAAAGUUUGUUCGGAAACCCCAUUAUUCAGAGAAAACAUUAUCUCACACCCAUUUGAAACGGUUGUUACAGAAAUGUAGAUCAGUGUUAGAACAGUUUGAGGUUUUUAAUUCUUACACACAAUUAACAGAUGAAGACAUUUCAAUUCGAAAAUCCAUAUGUAAGGAUAUAGAAAAUGCGUUUCAGCCUCAUUUUCCACAUUGCGCAGUAGAGCUUACUGGCUCUUCUGUAUCGAGACUAGGACUGAAAAAUUCUGAUGUUGAUUUGUCUUUUCAGACUUUUUCUAAUGAAACUAAAAAGCAUAAUUCAACAGAUGAUAUCUGCAUAGAUUUCAAGGAAGAUACAAAAAUGGGAAACAGCUCAUUUGCCGGAUUUUCACAACUAAUUUCAAAAGAAAAACUUUGUCACCUAAAAACUCUUUUGACGGAUGCUGGAUUUGAUAAACAGUCAAAAGUUAUACCUGGUGUAUGUCCAAUUUUGUAUUUCACCCAUAGGAACUUAGCUUGUGAUCUUUCAAUUGAGAACAAGUCUGCUCUUUACUCAACAAAUCUCAUGCUGUUUUGUAAUAUGUUGGAGAAAAGAGUGGCUCCUUUGUAUCGUUUCCUAAUAUACUGGUUCAAAUAUCACAAAUUGUGUGGUGGUAUAAGUAAAUUCAAGAGUUAUGCUGUGUUUUUGCUUGUUAUUUAUUUUCUUCAAACUAGAAAUCCACCUAUUUUACCUACAGUGGAGGAUAUGAUUCAAAGAGCAGAAAUUAUCAGUGAUAAAAGCAGUGUCACGUAUGCAAAUGAAUAUUUCAAUACGUUUGAGAAUUCAAAGAAUUCCGAAAGUUUAGAAGAAUUAAUAAAGGAAUUUUUCUGCUUCUAUGCAAAAUUCAGCUACUCCAAAGCAAUAUGUCCACUAGUGGCUCGGAGUGUCGAUACAACCGAGUUAACUUCUAGAAGUCUUGCAAGUGGCAACGUAUUUCAAGCUAAUUCUAUUUCAAUUCAAGAUCCUUUAGAUCCAAAUUGGAAUGUUACAAAUGGAGUUAACCAUAAGUAUUGCAGCCUUUUUCAAAGAGGAAUGAUUUUAUUAUCCAAAUAUUGCUAUCCGGAUGAAUACUGGAAACCGACUACCACUGGAACAUGGGGACUUCUUCACUUGCUCGAGUUAAAGAUACCUCAAAAAUAAAAAUUACAAGUCGCUAAUUUCUUUCUCUUUUGGGUUAAAUU